ACUACCAGUGAGAAAAGUUCGCGGUCUAUUUUCGGGACUCGAACCGUUCCAUUUCAUCCCAUCCUAUGCCUGUGCCCCAUCAUCAGUCCCGUUCCCAUCCUUAUCCAUCCAUUCGCAUCCCGAGAGGCAACUGCGGUUCAACAGCCGCUUGGCUAGCCUCAUGCCGAGAAUCCCCAUAAACUAAACUGAAUCAAAGCAAACCAAAAGCAUCGGCCAUCGGCUGGUGUAGGAAAUGUGGAGCUAUUUUUAAGCACUGGGGCGACAUUUUUCUUGUUUUCUCCCCGAUUUGCUAGCGAAAACAUACAAAAAUUUGCAAAAAAAGAGCAGUCGGCACGAUAUUAAUAAAAGCAGCGCUGCCGCUGCGUUGGAUUCGUGGUAUUCGGGUGGUUAUUCUGGCGGAUCGUGUGCCUGUCCACUGCAUUUGUAAUUUUGCCCGUGGAGUUGCACAUUGUGUCAUUUUAGCUGGGCGGAAAAUAGCAAGAUGAAUGUGGAAAAGCUAAAGCGCCUGCAGGCCCAGGUUCGUAUAGGUGGCAAGGGCACACCUCGCCGAAAGAAGAAGGUCAUGCACCAGACUGCGGCCACCGACGAUAAGAAGCUGCAGAGCUCCCUUAAAAAACUAUCAGUGAGCACAAUCCCGGGCAUUGAAGAAGUCAACAUAAUUAAGGACGACUUAACCGUGAUUCACUUCAACAACCCCAAGGCACAGGCAUCUCUUUCGGCCAAUACUUUUGCCGUCACGGGUCACGGCGAAACCCGGAAGGUCGUGGAAAUGCUGCCGGACAUUCUGCCCCAGUUGGGUCAGGAAACAGUUGUCCAACUGCGCAUGUAUGCAAACGCCAUGAACAAUCAGAAAGGAGGUUCUGGCAGCGGAGAGGGAACUGUUACCACCGAGGAGGAUGAUGACGUUCCCCUGCUCGUUGGAGAUUUCGAUGAAGUAGCUAAGGUGGAGGCCACAAAGCUCUCGGAACAGGCUACAAAAGAAUCUGUAGAGAACAAACCAACCGAUAAGCCACAACAGUUGCUCAAGAAGGAUCAAAAGCAGUCACAGAAAACUCCGGAGGCAGCCAAAACAAACGAAAAACCUAAGGAGAAACAGGAGAACAAGAAGGCUCAAUCCAAGGAAGGAAAGAAGAACGAUCAGGCCAACAGAGACAAGCCAAAUAAGAACAAGGAACAUGCCAAGGGACAGCAGACCCCUCAAGCUAGCAAAGAAAUUGCACAAGUUGCAGAAACGCCAAGGUUGGAACUUCCAAAGCCAGCGGCAGAACAGAAGAAGGAUGACAUAAAACCCGUUGACCAGAAGAUAGAAACCAAGCCUGCGGAAAAAAAGGGGCAGCAAUCUAUACCCACUGAAAUCGAACAGAAAAUUGAAUCUAAACCCACUGAGAAGAAAGUAGCGCCACCAAAAUCGGCUGAAAAAUCGGUGGAAAAGACAAAACCACUUGAUCAGUCCAAAGACAAUGCCAAAAUAUCGGAACAGCCGAAUCCUACUGGUAAACAAGUGGGUCAGAACUCCCAGCCCAAAUCCCCUGAUCAGAAGAUAGGGCCCCUAGAGCUGGCGGAACAAAAGAAGGACAUCAAUCCAGCGGAGGCAAAAAUUGAAACACAGAGUCCUACUCCUGCAGGAAAGUCACAACCGCCUCUUCCAGUCCAGACUCUCGCACAGAUUGUUGCCUCGGAGCCGCCCAAGCAAUCUGAUCUUUUAGAGAAAUCUGUUGGGGAAACGGCACCUGCUCCCAAAAUUGAGGAGCCUAUAAAGGAAUCGCCUCCUCCAGCUAAGAUAGAGCCAGUUAGUCCGUCAUCUGCACCUAUCAAACCUGAUGAGGCACCCAAGAGUUCUACUAAUGAAGAGUCACUAACAAAGACUGCUCCCAAGCAGGAAUCACCACCAAAGAGUGCACCCAAACAGGAGUUGCCGUCUAAGAGUGCUCCCAAACAACCUUCUCCACCUAAUGGUGCACCUCCCCCACAAAAUACAACAGAGAAACCAAAACAAGGUACUCCCACACCAGCUAAACAGAUUACACCACCAGCCGAUAUCGAGAAAACUUUAGCUCCAGAAACUAUCAAAAAUCCGGCUCCGAUUUCACAGGCACCACUUAAAGCUCAGGAUCAAGCAACACCAACGCAGGCGGCGAAGUCAAUUGUAGAUGCAAAACUUGCUGCCAAGAAGGAGACACCUCCACCAGCUGCAGCUCCUGCAGAGGCGCCAUCUCCAGUUGCUCCAUCCCCAAUGGGCCCCAGUACUCCACCGUCGACUCCCACUUCGGCGCCGCCAACUGCAACGGCAGUGACCCCACCAUCUCCCGCCGCAGGCUCUCCUCCAAUUACUCCGUCUCCGAAGCAGGUUCCUCAAGCUAAUUUGAAGAAACAAGAGGUAGGGCAAAAGCCAAAGCAGCAGCAACCAGCUAGCAAGCCUCAGCAGGCGCAGAAGCAGCCACCAGGAGGAGCAAGUGCAGCAGGGGGAAACAAGCCCCAGCAGAAGCAGACAAAUCCCAAUGCCAAUACUAAACCAACAGUUGCUCCAAAGCCAGGUCAGGCAACAGGGAAACCGGCGUCCGCAUCUCCAAAAGCUUCCAACCAGCCAAAUCAGCAGCAACAGCAGGGAAAAGCAGCAAGCAAAGCCUCUCCUCCCAAGCAAUCAGGAGGCCAAUCAACUGGAGGGCAGCAGAAGCCAGCGGCCAACUCUCCGAAGGCCACACCAUCUCCGAAGGCAACCGGCUCUCCAAAAGCAUCCUCUCCUAAGGGCUCAACCCCUCCUAAUAUCCCUUCUGCCCCUGGAGGCUCCAAUUAAACCUCUCUUCU